AUAGGAAUGGACUUGUGGAGUGCAUCAGCUGCUGCUGGUGGAGCAGUGAAAGUGAGUCCUAACCACCCCAUUAUAGCACCAGCUGUUGCUCCAAGUCCAGGAGGAGGGAUGAUGACAUCCGAUCAUUGGGUUCAGGAUUGUCUAAAUCUAACAGCAGAGAGAUUUCAGAAAUUAUAAUCAAAUAGAGAAGCAAUAUUGUUUGCAAUGAGAACUGGGGAAGAUAACAAAACUGAAAAGCCUGUCAAAGCAACAUCUUCAACUCAGGAAACCCCAACUGCACCUUCAUAUCCUGACUGGUCUAUGCAGUCAUAUUAUGGUGCUGCUGCUGGGGCUCCUCCUCCUUUCUUUGCCACAACUGUUGCCUCUCCUGCGACCCAUCCUUACUUAUGGGGAGGCCAGCAUGCUAUGAUACCGCCUUAUGGAACACCAGUUCCUUAUCCAGCUCUAUAUCCUCAUGGGGGAAGUUAUCCACAUCCUAGCACAGCUCAGAUCCCAUCCAUGCAGCAGACAAUUGCAGCGAUGGAAAGCAGGGCUGCCGCUGAAGGUAAGGAUCCAACAACAAUAAAGAAGGCCAAGGGAACUUCAGGAGCCACUUUGGUCGGAAGUAGUAGCAAGGCUGGAGAGAUAGAAAACACAACUUCUGGAGAUGACGGUGUGACAGAGAGUGCUGAAAGUGGAAGUGAAGAGUCAUCUGAUUCAAACGACAACAAUCUCCAAGAAGAAAAGGAAACUACCAUCAAUAAAAAGGGAAGCUUUCACCCAAUGCUUGUAGAAGGUGCACAGAGUGACUAUAACCAUGCAAGUGCAGUUGCUAGUGUUCCGCCUAAUCUUAGCAAAGGAAUAAACUUUUGGAGUGCAUCAGCUGUUGCUGGUAGUGGAGCAGUGAAAGGGAGACCUAACCCACCCAUUCUAGCACUACCAGCUAUUGCUCCAAGUCCAAGAGGAAGGAUGAUGGCAUCUGAUCGUGCUCAGGAUGAUCGUGAAUUGAAGAGACAGAAGAGAAAGCAAUCUAACAGGGAGUCGGCUAGGAGAUCAAGGUUACGCAAGCAGAUUGAAUGUGAAGAACUGCAAGCAAAAGUGGAAGCUCUAACGAGCGAAAAUGAGAUUUUGAAGGAUGAGCUAGGAAGGCUUUCGAAAGAAUGCCAGAGGAUUGCAUCGGAAAACAACUCCAUGAAGGCUGAUUUGAUUAAAGUUCGUGGACCUGAUGCGAACUCAAAGCUGGAGAUUAGCCACAAUGCUGAGCCUCGUAGCGAUGAAGAAAACAAUUAGGCCCUUUGUUCUCCUUACCUUGAACUUUUUAAUUUUAUCUUUAGAAUAUUGUUGACAACAUAGGGGGGAGUAUGUCAUGCUCUCCUAUCUGUUUUCUUGUUCAGUUUACUUACUUAUAUGGACAAAGAAUUUUCAUAUCUCUUCAUUGGUACAAAUUGAAGUAGAUGAAGAAACAAACAGAGAAUUGAAACUUUAUUUAUCAUAUGACAUUUACAUCUGGUUUUUUUUA